CUGCCUGCAAACGUAACAUCGAAAAGAAAGAACUUCAAGUUUUGAAGGCAGCUUUCAAUGAAUUUAAUGAAUUAAUUUAUAAUAUUUCUCUUAUAAAUAAGCUUAAUCUUUUCUUCUUCUUUCGCUUCAAUUACUGUUUUUCACUGUAAAUAAUUUAUUCUUCCUACCCUUCAUUUGCUAAAUUAAUUUUUAAUUUAAUUCAAUCACUUCAAAUGGAAGGCUCCAAUCAAAAUUCGGGCUUUGAUUCUAGGAUUUCUUCUCUUUCCCUAACCGAUGAUACAGUUAAUCGGAGCUCCAACUCGGGUUUUGAUAAUCAAGGAGUUAAUGUUUAUGGAGAAUAUGAUAAUGGGUUAUCAAUGCCAACCAACACUAUGGAGGACUUGAAUGAUGAAAAAGAAAAAGAACCAAGGACCAGCCAUCAAAAAAUGGGAAAAUACUUCUUCUACGACUCUCCCCUUGUUGAGGAUACCGGAGUAUGGAUACCGGUCUCGGUUCCUCCAAUGCUCGAAAGCGAUCACGAACAAUGGGCCAAAGGUUUUCAUUCCAAUGGAGGUUAUUUCCCUGAAGGUGACAUGGGGUGGGGUGAGUUUUUGAGUGAAGAGAAGGAGUUGACUAUGUGGGAUGUGAUUGUCGAGAUGAUACUUGCCGCCCGUGGGAAAGUCAACGCUUUAGCUUCUGGUGAUAUUCAACGAUGUGGAGUUUCGUGGUUAUCGAGUCAUUUGCUUGAGCAAGCUUGGCAAGAGAUGGCUCAGACGCUAAACGAAGUGAAUUUAGGUAACGUGAAGGAAAUUCUCGAUGCAGAACCGCCAAAGUGGUUGGCUGACAGUGCGGCUUCCUCUUGUAUGCUGUGUGGUGUGAGGUUUCACCCGAUCAUGUGUUCAAGACACCAUUGUAGGUUUUGUGGAGGAAUAUUUUGUGGUGAGUGUUCUAAAGGAAGGAGUUUAAUGCCCCAAAAGUUUCGUGUAACAGACCCGCAACGUGUCUGCGAUGUAUGCUGUGUGCGGCUUGAAUCAGUCCAGCCAUACUUGAUGGACCAGGUUAGUAAUGCUGCUCAGCUGCCAGCACACGAUUUGACCGACUUGAGUACUUUGAGAUCUUGGGUUAAUUUUCCCUGGGGACAGUCCAUGGAACAUGAAAUUUAUAAGGCAACAAAUACGAUUCGGGGUUACAUUACUAAGGUUGGUACAUUGAAACCUGAGAAAUCCAUUCCCGAUUCCAUUCUCCGAGAUGCAAAAGGCCUUGCCAUAAUCUCUGUUAUGAAAGUCGGUGUCAUGGUUACAUACAAUAUCGGCACAGGACUUGUGAUUGCUCGUAGAGAGGACGACUCCUGGUCUCCACCCUCUGCCAUUUCCUCAUUCGGUUUGGGAUGGGGAGCUCAGGCUGGGGGAGAAUUGACCGAUUUUAUUAUAAUCUUGAGAACAAAUGAUGCUGUUAAGACUUUUAGCGGCAAUGCACAUCUUUCUAUUGGAGCUGGUGUAAGUGCUGCCGUUGGUAUUGUUGGACGGACUGUAGAAGCAGAUGUACGAGCCGGCGAUGGUGGUUAUGCUGCUUGUUAUACAUACAGCUGUAGUAAAGGUGCUUUUGUUGGAUGUUCACUCAAAGGGACUGUUGUUACAACACGGGGACGAGAGAAUGCCCGAUUUUACGGCAGCCAGUCAAUAACUGCAACCGAUAUACUUCUCGGGUCCAUGCCUCGGCCACCUGCCGCCGCCAUUCUUUACCGUGCGCUUUCUGAUCUAUAUAACACACUAAGUUAAGUGCCAGAAGUCGGAAAUCAAACUAAUCGCUUUGGUAUUCGAUAUAAAGAAGAGACAAUGGAGCAUGAACCUUGGUAUCAUAUGUACAUUCUCUGCAAAUGACCUAUCAUUCUUUGCCUGUUUAAAAGUUUAUAUUGAUGGAUUGUUGUAUGGGGGUUCUUGGUCUUUCGAAAGGGAAGGACCCGGACCCGGACCCGGACCCAGACCCGAACCUAGAUGGGGAAAUGUUGAAUGAAAAUGGAAAUGAUUGGUAGAUAAGAAACCAGAAAAACUCGACUUGUUAAUAUGAUGUAUAUGAUGAAGAAUAUUCAGAUAUUGUAUAGAUUUAGACGCAUUUGUGCUGUUAAUGUUACGUAACCAUGUUCGGGAAUUCA